UGAAAUCCCACGAAACUGAUCGAGAGAGGAAGAAGACGAGAAGGAUAUGGGAAGAAUCAAAGAAAUAACUUCAAUUCUUCUCCUUCAAUUUCUGUUGUUGCAGUUCGCGAAAUCCCAGCAGAGCUUUGAAGAAUCUUCUGCUGCAAGGACUCCUAAGCAGGAACCACAUGAUUCCCAUGAAGUGCAUUGUUCCAGAGAAAGAAGUAGGGCAGCCUGGCAGAUUAUAGAGGAUUAUUUGAUGCCAUUUGUUGAAGAAGAAGGAUAUGAGAUUUCAACUGACUGUAGGCUUCAUCCAGACAAUGAUCUUUUUAGGGAUCAGGAGCAGCACAAGAUUAAUUUGGAUGUAAACGAGUGGCGGUGUGGAUAUUGUAAGAAAAGCUUUCGUGCUGAAAGAUUUCUCGAUCAGCAUUUUGACAACAGGCAUUACAAUCUUCUGAAUGUUAGUCAAAGUAAGUGCUUGGCUGAUUUAUGUGGAGCAUUGCAUUGUGAUUUUGUGAUAAAUUCCAAGUUGCAAAAAGCCAAGUGCAAUCCUGCUGCUGUUGCAAGGAAUCACCAUCUUUGUGAGAGUCUUGCCAAUAGCUGUUUUCCUAUUAGUCUGGGUCCAUCCGCCAGCCGCCUCCAUGAAUUAUUUCUGCGCCAAUUUUGUGAUGCUCACACCUGCUCUGGAAAAACAACACCUUUUCCUAGAGGAGGCAAAAAGAGAGCAAAUUUACUCUACAUGGCUACAUCAAUACUGAUUCUGAUGCUGCUUCCUCUUUUUUAUCUUCUUUAUUAUUUGUAUCAAAGAGAUAUGAAGAGGGAAACCCAAGUGCUAAAGCGAGUGUCACAAGUUGGACGGAAAGCAAAACCUUCGUAGUUGCGAUGAUGAUGAUGAUAAAACGACAAAAAUUGCUUCCUCGGAGUUAGAAAGUUAAAAAGAAUGUGUUUACAUUCUUGUAAGUCAUGGAAAUUUCAGAAUGGACGACACAAACGCAGAUGCCAAUGCCCUGUUGGUAGUGGUUUUCAGUUUUUGAUGAUGGCAGCAAAAGGGUGUUGUGCAGUCUGAUUGAACAAGUCAACUGAACUGGUUCGAGUCUCUUCGAGAUUGUUGUAGAGUAUGAUGUAUGGUAGUUGUGUAAGGCUAUAAGGAGUUUUGCAUAGAGAUUAUAUAUC